AUGAAGCUUCUCACUGGACUCAUUUUCUGCUCCUUGGUCCUGGGAGUCAGCAGUCAAAGCUGGGUUUCAUUCCUUAGCGAGGCUUACCAUGGGGCUGGGGAUAUGUGGCGAGCCUACUCUGACAUGAAGGAAGCCAACUGGAAAAACUCAGACAAAUAUUUCCAUGCUAGAGGGAACUAUGAUGCAGCCCAAAGGGGUCCUGGAGGAGUCUGGGCUGCUGAAGUCAUCAGAUUAGCUCUGGAGAGGGUCAUGCUAAUCUCAGAUCCCUCCUACUCUUGCUUAUCCAGGUACUGGCUCCACGAGGACUCUAUGGCUGACCAGGAAGCAAACAGAUGGGGCCGCAGUGGCAAUGACCCCAAUCACUACAGACCUAAAGGACUGCCUGACAAAUACUGAGCAUCCUCUUUAUUGCCCCAGGAGGCUGUGAUGUGGGCCCUGAGGACAGGGACUGGGGUUCUUCUUUCUCAUGAACACUGGAGUUGCUUGGGAACACACAAUAGUUAUCUCACAUGAAUAUGGACCAAAAGUUUCAAAACUGUGUUAUUCUUGGAGUAGUAACUACUGCUUGA